UCGGCCGAGCUGAGGCGCGCUCCAACGAAAUCAACACUUGGUCGUUGGUCUCAAGUCGCAAGGAGCAAGCAAGCCCUAAUCUCUUCAGGCCAAGCGAACGACCGACGACGACGGGCGGCGACGAGACGUGACAGCGAGCGGUACAGCGGGCAAGACAUAUCCUUUCACUGGCUUGAGAGACGCCGAUUCAUUUCUUCGACUGCAGCAAUAGAGAGAGAUAGCCAUGUCGGGAAACGUCAAGGUCGUCUCGCGUUUCCGCCCGCCCAACGCGCUGGAGCUCAGGGAGGGCGGCGAUAUCGUAGUCGAAUUUGACGGAGAGCUUGGCGCCAAUGAUCACAAUAGCGUCAAAGUCAAAGGCGCUACAAGCGAGGCGGGCGGCUUCGUCUUUGACAAGGUCUUUGACAUGCAGACGAGGCAGCAAGACGUUUUUGAAUACGGCAUCAAGGAGACUGUCGAUGAUGUCAUCAACGGCUACAAUGGAACCAUCUUUGCCUAUGGUCAGACCGGAUCCGGAAAGACGUUCACGAUGAUGGGUUCCGACAUCGAUGACGACAAUUUGAAGGGCAUCAUUCCGCGCAUCACGGAGCAGAUCUUUGACAGCAUCAUGGCAUCGCCUCCAAAUCUCGAAUAUCUCGUCAAGGUCUCGUACAUGGAGAUCUACAUGGAGAAGAUCCGUGAUCUGCUUGCCCCGCAAAACGAUAACCUCCAGAUCCACGAAGAGAAGAAUAGAGGGGUAUACGUCAAGGGUCUCUCAGACUUCUAUGUUGGGGGCCAAGAGGAUGUGUACGCCAUCAUGAAACAGGGAGGAGCUUCUAGAGCUGUCUCGUCAACAAACAUGAAUGCCGAGUCCUCGAGGUCACACUCCAUCUUUCUCAUCACGAUCCAGCAGCGCAACACAGAGACGGGCUCCCAAAAGACGGGCAACCUCUACCUGGUCGACUUGGCUGGUUCCGAAAAGGUUGGCAAGACGGGUGCAAGCGGUCAGACGCUAGAAGAGGCGAAGAAGAUCAACAAGAGUCUCAGCGCACUCGGCAUGGUGAUCAAUGCGCUCACUGACGGAAAGUCGUCACACAUCCCCUAUCGAGACUCGAAGCUGACGAGGAUUCUUCAAGAAUCUCUUGGUGGUAACUCAAGAACCACGCUUAUCAUCAACUGCUCACCGUGUGCCUACAACGUCGAUGAAACCAUCUCAACCCUGCGCUUCGGUGUCCGAGCGAAGUCGAUCAAGAACAAGGCGCGGGUUAAUGCCGAGCUUUCCCCAGCCGAGCUCAAGAUGCUGUUGAAAAAAGCGCAGGCCGAUCUUGCCAAGUACCAAAAUCACUGCCAGAGUCUCGAGGCCGAGCUCAAGACCUGGCGAUCGGGAGGCAAGGUGCCCGAAGCCGAAUGGGCGGAUCUGGGCAAGGCAUCUUCCAUCGCACCUGCAGCCGAAGCACCUGCCAGCGUGGCCGCCAAGUCAUCGGCAGCUCGUCCCCAGACCCCCGCUGGGCUGCGCGAUCUGGCGUCGAGACCAGAGACGCCGACGGCCGUGUCGAUGGACAAGGACGAGCGCGAAGAGUUUCUUCGGCGCGAGAACGAGCUCGGCGACCAGAUCGCCGAGAAGGAGAGUGCGCUCAAGACAGCCGAGGCUGCCCUCCGGGAGGCUCGAGACGAGCUCAACUUCUACAAGGAGCAAGAGGGGACGCUGUCCAAGGACAACAAGUCCAUGGCUGGUGAGAUCAACGAGAUCAAGCUGCAGCUGGAAAGGGUCACCUACGAGCACAAAGAGGCGGGCAUCACCAUGGACAUUCUCAAGGAGCAGAACCAGGACCUGACGGCCGAGCUAGAGGAGGUGCGCAAGAGCCUCAACGACACUGCCAGGGGAGCGGGCGGGCAGAAGGACCCGAGCCAAGAGGGCAAGGAGCGCAAGAAGCAGGAGCGCAUGGCCAAGAUGAUGGCCGACUUCAAUGCUGGCAUCGUGUCGGACAAGGAGGAACAGAUUCGCGAGUCGCUCGCCAAGCUCGAGCUUGCCAGCCAAGAGGCCGGCAGCAACGGUCUUUCUGCAGACGACAUCACCACGCUUCGGGAGCAGCUGCUGGAGAGCCAGACAUUGGUGCGAGAGCAGCACGAGCGCGUACGGCAGGCGCAAGAGGAGAAUGAGCUGCUGGUCGCCCGUCGCGAUGAGAUGGAGACGAGGCUGGCCCAACUUGAGGCAGAGUACGAGGAGCUGCUGGACAAGACAAUUGCCGACGAGGACAAUGCGGCGGCAGCGAACGACGGUGUGAUUGCCGAGCUGCGGACCAAGCUGGAAACGCAGUACGCGUCCAAGCGCGAUGCCCAGGCAAGCGAGAUCAGUGACCUGAAGAAGCAGAUCGAGCUCAAGGCCAAGGAGACAAUGAGCCUGCAGGCUGCCAACGAGAGCCUCAAGGGCGCAAACGAGGAGCUCAAGCGGGCGUUUGCGGUCACGACGGCCAGCGUCGAGGGAGGCAAGAAUCUGGCCGAGAGUGCGCGCGAGAUGGAGCGUGUACGCAAGACAAUGACGACGCAGCUGGCCGAAUUUGACAACAUGAAGAAGAGCCUGAUGCGCGAUCUUCAGAACAGAUGUGAAAAGGUCGUUGAGCUGGAGAUCUCGCUCGAUGAGAGCAAGGAACAGUACAACAAUGUCGUUCGCUCGUCCAACUCCAAGGCGCAGCAGAAGAAGAUGGCCUUCCUGGAGCGCAACCUCGAGCAGUUGACCAACGUGCAGAAGCAGCUCGUGGAGCAAAACUCGACGCUCAAGAAGGAGGUGGCCAUCGCUGAGCGCAAGCUCUUGGCAAGAAACGAGAGGAUCCAGGCUCUGGACGCCCAUCUCCAAGACUCAAAGGAGAAGCUCGAGGUGCAGAACAGGCACUACGAGGACCAGUUGGCGUCGGUCAAGCAGAUGCUCAACCAGGCUCGCGAGCUCAAGAACAGUCAGGCGGGCGGCAUGGCCAUGGGCUUCGGACGUAUCGCGAAGCCAUUGCGCGGCGGCGGUCCCCAGGCCCCCGCCAACACUGGCGUGCCUCAGCCAGGACCUCAUGCCCCGGUCCGGUAUCCCAACAUUGGCAACGCGCAACCAGGAGGUUACGAUGCCAAUUCGCCAAAGGGAAGGUCUUCUUGGUUCUUCUCAUCGUCCAAAUAGACGGAUUACCUCUUCUUUGCUCGCCUUCCUCCC